AGCGAGUGAGUGUAUGUCCUAGGUGCUGUAAGUUAGUGUGCAAGACAGCGUCCUCCUCUCGUCCUACCGUCCAAAAAAUGAAUCACUGAAAAAUGGACUGAGACGCUGUCCGUUUCAGAACCGUACUAUUUCCCCGGUUGGACAGCACCGAGUGCUUUAUUCGGUUUUUGGGGCUAUCCUUGUCGGAGUAGAGACGUGUAGACGAUCAUCUGUAUGCGGACUGCAGCGACAACACCAGCAGUGAACUGCCUGCAGUAGUCACCGGUUUCACGCCAACCUUCCCGCAUACAGCGCACGCGGACAGAGUGAAGUCCACGCGCAGUCUUGACAACAAAUGCUUCAUAAUAUGAGAUCUCCAGUCUCAGUACAGUGCUGAAGAUGACGGCUCCUGGGUCUCUGAGCCCUCUAUGUGCUCUCCCUGCCUCUCUGAGUACUGUUCAGUCCAUCAACAGGACAAUGAAGAGACCAGACAAACUGCUCUGCUGAACCGUAAAGAGCAGAUGAGAAGGCUACACACACACAUGCAAGUGCAAACAGAAACACAUACUCACACUCGCACACACAUACUGCCACAGCAAACCCCCAAAAUCUUGCACUGAACAAAUGGGGCCAAGGAACGAUAUCUAGGAUCUCUCUGUCUCUCAGACCUCCUUUUUCUAUCUCUCUUCUCUCUCUGUCUCACUCUCUCUUCUGUUUACCCAUAAUGCACUGAGGUCAUGUCCCAGUCUGGUAAAGUUCUGCAUCUGUAUGUGGAGGUGAGAGCUGCCCCAGAGCAUGAUGGGAAGGAUGUUUCGGGCGGAGAGUCCGUCACCGCCGAGGAGGUCGCAGCGGAGAUGCUGACGCACCUGGCCAGCGUCGCUAGCGGCAACCCGUCAUCCGCAGGUGCUCCCAAACUUCCCGCCAAGACAGCCGUCAGCUUCCAGCUCAGAGAAGCCGCAGGUACCCCGACCCCGACCCACACCCCCACCCGAGUCCCGCACCCCCCGCUACGACCGAUGCAUUCUGGGAUGGAGGGGGACAGCACUCCCACCAAGCAACCUCAGCACUUCCAUGUACCACCCCCGUCCCCUUCUUCCAGUACUGGGCAGCAGCCGCAGCAGGUAUGUCCAGAUGGCGCCCCCUCUGGUGGCAAGCGGUCAGUGGUGACCUUCAGCUACAUCGAGAAGGCCAGCAUCAAGACGGUAGAGGCGGCCCCUUCUCCCCCCUGUCCGAGGGGGGGAGGGGUUGCCGAGGUCGGCGAGGGGUUACGCUCUACCCCCCUGCACCUCCGCAAGCGGCUGAGUGACCCCAUCUGGUUCGGUAGUCCGGACUCCUCGUGCAGCAAUAGCCCCAAACUGGCCUUCCGGGGCCUUGGGCUGGGCGGACACCCAGCGGGCGAUUCGCCCGUCACACGCCGGCCCACGCUGGACCCGGCCAUCGGGCGCGCCGCCACCCAGCGGGCGCUGGAGGACUUUGGCUCGCCUCUGCUGCGUUGUCGCUUCGCCCACGAGCUCGAGCGUGGACUCGGCCAUGGGCGCGGGUAUGGGUACGGGUAUGGGUCUCCUCAAAACCAGCACGCCAGGUGUCAGUCGUGGGCCGGGUCGCCGGUUCCGGUCCGAAACCCUGGUGGCGUGCCGCUGGCCAGCGGUCUCCCGGCGGACGCCCUCAAACACGGUGGCCUGAGUGGACUCCCUAGGAGCCCCGCGUCCGACCAGCUCUCCUCUCAGGCAGGGCAGGCGGCUCUGAACCUGACCCAAACCCAAACCGCUGUACCCGCCAUGCCCGCCGUACCCGUAGUGACCAACAGCAGACAGGUGUCCGUGAGCAACUGCAGCCCAGCAGUCACCCAGAGGACCCUCGCCAGGGGCACUGACAGCCCUCGCUGCGGGCACUGCAGGGCCAGCCAGGGCCUUGGCGGUCAGAUGCCAGAGGGUAUGAACCAGCUGAACAAAAGCCCUGUGUCUGUGGCGCCGGUGGCACUGCCCGCAUCGCCCGCCAACAGCCCAGAGGUGGCGCGGAAGCUCGCCGAGGAGGCCACGCGAGUGUCGGAGAUUUUCAACGAGGUGAGGAGCUUGACGGCGGCACAGCCACCCCCCAAUGCUCUGAGCAGCGGCGUGACGGAGCGCUCAUCUCACAGGUAUGCCGACGCAUCACACACCUGUGCUUCUCCAGCCCAGCGGCAGCCAAUCACCAUGAACAUCCCAGUGUGUGGGAGCGGGACCAACGAGUCCAACCUGACCAAUGAGCAUCAGCACCAGCCAGACACGAACCCGCCUUUCCCCGCCCUCUCCUCAGCACAAGGGCCUAAUCAAUCACCAGCCAAUCACGCGAGCGGGAAGGGAGGAGGAGGCCCGCCCACUCUCUCCACAGUGCAAUACUCCGUCUUACCAGCAGGGGGUCCCCCGGUGUCCCCCGCCAUCCCGUCACGCCUCCUCCGGCCGGCAGUACCAGAAGGGGAGGCCUGCUCGCCCGUCAGGGACCCUCGUCUGCUGCGCUGCUCCGAGCUCCAACCUACAAACAGCCCCACCCUCCACCGACGCCAGCCUCCGCAGUACAAGGGCAACGCUUCUCGCUCGGCCCCAGAUCGGUGCACCGUCCUGGGCCGUGAGCGCGUGGGCAGCCUGGGCGGUGUUGUGGAUGAUGAGGGAGUGAUGGAGGCGGCGCGGAGACUCUUCCUGAGCCGGGGGGUAGAGGAGACGCCCAUCAGCUGGACGUCCAGGGAGGAGGAGGAGGAGGAGUGGCACAACCCGGCGGCUAGGGGCAGGGGCGGAGCGACAGGGGACGAGAGGAAGAGGAGGAGGAGAAAGACAACGGAGGAGGAGGAGGAGGAACAGGAGGGAGAUGAGAGAAGAGAAAAGGGAUCCCGCCAGCCUCAAAACCAGACCCAGAACCAGAACCAGACCCAGAACCAGGGCACAGUGGUCCUUCUGAGCGUGGCCCAGGCGAGGCUGCUGAAGCGGGCUGAACAGAGGAGGCGGGAGGCCCUCUUGUUGGGGCCCGUGGCCCUGGAGUUCCACCGGGACCCGGAGGACGGUGAGGAGGAGGACGACGAAGCGGAGCCGGAGCAGGAGUCCGGAGAGGCCGUGGGCAGGCACAGAAGGGUCAGGGGUCAGGGUGACGGACUGCUGAGGGUGGAGGGGGACGCAGGCGAAGGAGGCGGUGUUGGUGGCGAGCAGAAUGGCGGACCCCCGGGGUCAUCGCGGAGCUCCAGUGGGGUCACUGGGAGCCUCGGUGACAGGGACUGCGUGUCGCCUGAGUCGAGUCACUCGAGCCAGCAGAGCAACGAGACAGGACACGCCACCUCAGGAAUACAGUCGGACAGUGGGUCAGUGCUGCCUGGACCUUCGCUGCACUGCCAGAAGAUCGCUCGGGCCAAAUGGGAGUUCCUGUUCGGAGGUCCGGCAGAAGAGAGUAUCACAACCAGAGAAAAGAACCCGUCCACAGCGCCCCCUAGUGGUACCUCCAGCGAGUCCCCCACGCCGACCCCUCCAACCACCCUACCUCUGGAGCUGCUCCAGCUGCGGGCCAACCACGAGGUCCAUCAGGUGGACGUGGAGCUGGUGACCCCUCCUCCGGCUGUCCCGGGCACGUCCCCCAAGACGGGCAUCAUCCGGCGGAUGCUCAAGUACUCGGAGACGGACCUGGACGCGGUGCCGUUGCGUUGCUACAGGGAGACGGACAUCGACGAGGUGCUGCGCGCCGAGCAGGAUGACGCCGACUCGGCGUUCGGGAGCAACCGGAGCGUCCUGGGAACGUCGGGCACAGGAAGCAGCCCACUGGGGAUGACACUGUUUGGGGAGGAGGUGGAGGGAGGUGAGGAGGACGAGGAGGAUGAAGAUGAUGAUGAGGAGGAUGAUGAUGAUGAUGAGGAGGAUGAGGAGGUGGCCAGCUGGGUCAGCGUGAGGCUGUUGGGAGACGCCAAGAGGCAGAGGACUACCCAGGAGGAGGAGGUGUUCAGUGUGCUGAUGAGGAGGCCCUUGGAGAGUUUCUUUGAGUACCAGCCUGCUAUGAAGUCCCCCCUUCUCAUCACGGCCCCUCGGGGUUCUAUAGGUGAUGGCCAUGACACCUUCAGCCGCCAUUUUGAGACCAUUAUGGAGUCGCACCGCGCCAAGGGCACAUCCUACAACAGCCUGGACAGCCUGGACCUAUGGACAUCCAGCACGCAGACGGUCUUCACCUUUGACCUCCCGACCUUGACCCCCAAGAUCAAGGGUCAGGCGUACCAGAGCACGCGGCAGAUCGUGCAGCUGAGCUUCGCCCCCCUGGCCCGCUGCGAGCUGCCCAGCCGGUCCGAGUCGGUGCUAACCGUCACCGGCGGCGACUCGGAUGCCACACGUGCCCCCUCCAGCGAGAGACUCAGUAGCGGGUCAGACGACACACUCAGGGGCGGAGCCAAAAGCACACACACCUGGCACAGCAACCCUGCCCUCUCCUUACCCAGGGACAAGCCCCUCCACCAGAAAGCCAAUGGGGAUCAGGAUCAGACCACAGGAGAGCGCCUUGGAUUGGGCAGCAGCGACACACUGACCAAUGGGAAUCGAGCAGACCUAGAGGCCGCCAAGCGAUUGGCUAAGCGACUCUUCAAGCUAGACGGAUUCAGGAAGUCUGAUGUAGCCCGCCACCUGAGCAAGAACAAUGACUUCAGCAGGCUGGUCGCAGAAGAAUAUCUUCGCCACUUCAAUUUUACAGGCCUGACUUUGGACCAAGCUCUUCGGGUGUUCCUGAAGGAGUUUGCUCUGAUGGGGGAGACUCAGGAGAGGGAACGUGUGUUGGCCCACUUCUCCCGCAGAUACCUGCACUGCAACCCUAAAGUCAGCCACUCAGAAGACAGUGUCCACACUCUGACCUGUGCGUUGAUGCUUCUGAACACAGACCUGCAUGGCAAUAACGUGGGGAAGAGGAUGUCCUGCACACAGUUCAUUGGGAACCUGGAGGGACUCAACGAAGGACAAGACUUUCCCAAGGACAUGCUGAAGCACCUGUACAGCGCCAUCAAGAACGAGAAGCUCCAGUGGACCAUAGACGAAGAGGAGCUGAGGAAGUCCUUCUCUGAGCUGGGUGAUUGUCGUGGCAACUCGUCUUCGCGUGAUGGGGACACUCCCCACUCUGGAGCUCUGCUCUACAAGAACGGCUUUCUCAUCCGCAAGGUCCACGCCGACUGUGACGGCAAGAGAACGCCACGUGGCAAGAGAGGAUGGAAGACGUUCUAUGCGGUUCUAAAGGGUGCAAUCCUCUACCUGCAGAAGGGUGAGUACAGGCCGGAUAAGCAGCUGUCUGAAGAGGACCUGAAGAACGCCGUGUCCAUUCACCACUCCCUGGCCGUACGCGCCACCGACUACAGCAAGCGGCCCAACGUCUUCUACCUGCGCACCGCCGACUGGAGGCUUUACCUUUUUCAGGCCCCGAACGCUGAGCAGAUGCAGUCUUGGAUCACCCGCAUCAACACAGUGGCGGCCAUGUUCUCAGCCCCGCCCCUGCCUGCAGCCAUUGGAUCCCAGAAGAAGUUUAGCCGGCCCCUUUUACCAGGCGCCGCCUCCAAGCUCACACAGGAGGAGCAGAUGCAGGCUCAUGAGGCUCGGUUCCGCGCCAUCACAAGCGAGCUUGUGGAGCUGCGCUCCUAUCCACCUGACCGCAAGGUCAAAGGUCGCGAGCUUGAGGAGUAUCGCCUGCGAGAUGAGUACCUAGAGUUUGAGAAAACACGCUAUGGCACCUACAUGAUGCUGCUGCGCGCUAAGCUGCGCAGCGGUGAGGAGGACCUGUCCGUGUUCGAGGCCCAGCUCCUGGAGGAGGGUGGCCUCCAGCGCACCCACUCCAGCCCCACCCUGCAGGACUGCAGCCUGGCCAGCAGCAUCCGCGACCCCCCCAGCAAGGCCAGCGCCAUCACCACUACCACCGCCGUGGACGUGGCCGAGGGCACCAAUGCUGGCGCGACGGCCACUACUACCACUCAUGCUACUACCGGCGCCACCGGUCACUCUAGCGCCGCCCAAGUGGCUGGCGGCGGUAGUGGCAGCAGCAGCAACAACAACAAGCGUAACGAGGGCCAGAGGCACAGCUACCGGCAGGCCGUCAAGAAGUGAGGCGGAGGGGGUGGAGGGCGCGGGAGGGGGGAGCAGGGGUGUGGCGGCACAGGUGGAGGGGAGCGUCUAGGUGCCCACCUGCCUGCCCCCUUCCCCCCCACCUGGUGGUUUUUUCAUUUACGAGAAGGGUGAAUAAGAGGUGG